AUGAAUGGGCUACGUCCACGGAGAACAUGGCAAGGCUUGGGAAGAACAAGAAUUUCAAGGGUUGAGCCUCUGGGACUUCGGCAAAGAGGGAGGCAUGGCGCAACCCUGUGGGCUUCCAAGCCUGUGUACGAAUCUGGGCCACAGGAACUGGGUUUUGUGGAGGAGAAAAAUUUAGCUCCUCAUAGUUACAUAGCUUACCGUUCGGAAGGAGUAUCAGGAAGUGUUUGGUGUGCUUCUUGUAGAACUUGCCGAUCGUCAGGAAUUGCGAAGAAGGGAAUUCCAGCGCUGGGCUGUGGGCAUCGUCAUCGUGAUAAAAUCAGUCGCGAUCCUUCUGCAUAUGGACUGCCGUUUGCCAAGGGAGUUUUGAAAGAAUUCCGGAGUCCUCCCCGAUCGUUUUUGCUCAACCCUUGCCGUUCGGCAAGGCCGGUUCGUUGGCAAGGUCAGUUCGGCAAGGGUGCGCAUCUUGAUUGUGGUUGGGGGUUUCGGCAAGGAGGCUGGGCUCUGGGAAGGUUGGUCGUGGUGAAGAUUUGUUCCUUCAGCCUGGUGCCGAUCGGCAAGCUUAUUUGGAAAGAGCCUUCUAUGUUCGGCAAGAUUUUUGAAGGAAAGAAGUUUCGAAGUCCUCCCCAUCCUUGGCUUAGUUGUCGAUCGGUACUCUUUAAAGAUUACCUCCGUGAGUUCUCGUAUGCCCUCUCGACAUCGUGGUGGGAAGGAGACCCCUAG